AUGGAGGAGUCCAUACCUGAUAACUGGAAAGUGGUUUGCGAGCGGAUUCAUCCUCGCCAUGAGGUGCAUUGGAUAUUGAGGUUCAGAGACGACUUGCAAGAUGGGGAGCAGCUGCUUUGUGUUGCUUGUGUGAUAGAAAUGAUAGAGGGAAGCAGCAUAUCGAUAGUUCGCAAAAAGUAUAUACUGGCCUGCUUCCACAAUGUUCUGGUAAGAUUCCCGCAAGCUGUUGUAGAACAGCUAACGAUGGAUGCUCGAGUGUGCGUUCACUUCAUAGUUACACUGUUGGAGUUGAAGUCAGAGCAGUUUGUGUGUUGUGUGCUGGAUGAAUGCCAGAAGCAGCUGUCAGAAAAUACCAGCGCGAGGAAGAGUUUACCAGUAUUUAUACUUUUGGGUAAACUGAUACUCACCAUCCCAUUCCUUGCAGAGAAGUUCAUCCAGGAAUAUACAACACUCCUGGACCAUAUGAGAGUUGCACUGGUGUACCCUGAUGAAGCGGUGAAAGCAUCAGUGUGUUAUAUUUUCUGCACUUUGUACAGUUACCCUUCUACUGCUGAGAAGUUAAGCAUAUACUUCAAUGGAAGACUUUGUAAACUCUUUGUGUCAGUUAUGGAGGCAGCACAGACCAAAGAACUGCAAGUAAACUCCCUUGGGCUUCUGAAGCAUCUCCUACAGUUUAAACAGUUAGUGACUGUGCUGAUGAGUUCAUCUGGGAAUGAAGACUUUACUUCUGAGGAUGAAAUAACAUCUCAGGGUGGAAAUCCACUACUGUUACUGUUGAAAAAGUGCACUUUCUCUGUCCGUCCCAAACCCAACACUACCACCAUCAGAAUCAAAAUCAGACUGACCAGGGCACUUUCUCCUAAAUUAAGACGACGAAGUCGGGAUGCUCACACACUCUUGGGAGGCAGUAAGGAACAAAUAUCCAGGCCUUUUCUGCUCAGUAGAGAUGAAACACUACAGAUUGCAAGUGUACAAUGUAUGACCUCCAUAGUCAUCCACUCCCCAGUGGAGUAUGCUCCUGCUCUAGUAUAUGCAGAUAUUCCAGAAUUCCUGUUCGAGAGACUCUCCAGUACAGAUGAGAUCUUGGUGUGGUCAGUGUACAGUUGUCUUCUUCUGUUGACUGAGGAGAGACUUUUCUUUUCUAAGUGUCACACGAUUUAUGGUAUCGAAUCCUUAGUUCGUAGCAUGAAAGAGACUUUGAGGUUGAACAGCACUGAGGUCCAGAAGCAAGGGCUACUCUUGCUUGGAGAGAUUUUAAAAAGGCAGCCUUCAGGAAUCAAACUGUUCAUGAAUUUCAAUAUUUGGCAUGAAGUCAUUGUUGUAUUACAGGAAGCAAUGGCCAGCUCCAGCCUUGAGGUUGUGAUUGAGGCAGCCACUGCUUUGACAUUCUUUCUGCGGAAGAGUCACCUGCCUGUACCUGUACAAUACCAAGAACUGCAACCACUCAUUGAAGCUAUAUUAAUGCGCUGUGCAGAUCUUCCUGUGCCUCCCAUGAUCAGAAGCAGUGGCAGCACUGUCAGGAGUAAAGAGAGUCAGUCUAUAAGGAGGGAACAAAGCAAAAAGUCUUCAAGACAAGGACAGUUGCUACUUAGUGCUUUAGAGGCAUUUCUUAAUGCUUGCAGAUUAGCUGUUGAUUGUCAGAAGGAUCCUUCUGUACAAGGAAAUGCUUUCACAGCUCCAAGCAUUGCAAGUGAGAACAUGUUGGAGAAGUAUUCAGAAUUCCUGCUGAAUGUUUGCGACACUUUGUGUAUCCCAAUUGUAAUGGAAUACUAUGAAAAAGCUCCGAGUGCCAGACUUAUGGAGGUGUUCUUUUCAAUACUCAAUGUCCAGUAUAGUAUCUUGCCAAACACAGCCAAACGAUUUUCUAUUAAACUAGCUUCCUCAUCUUUUAUAAAGUUUACAGUGGAACUGAAGGCCAAAUUCUGUUCAGGAAGCAGAAAUCCAAGAUUGAAUCAGAUCUGCUCAGACUUCCUAUGUUGUAUGUGUCGAUUCCUGUUUUCAGCAAUGAAGAAUGUACUGAAUUACCAGCAUGAUCUUGAUAGUGUAUCCAUGCUUUUUGCAAAGUGUAUUCCACAUCUGAACUGCACGUUUUUAGAUGCUGUAUCCAUGCUUUCAGAAAGUGCAGAUACAAUUGCAAUAGAUGAAGACAUUCAGAAUCAUCAUCAUUGUCUUUUAGUAAUAUUGCAUCUGGCUCAUAUGUAUGACAACAGAUUUUUUUCAGAAGGUCCUGUGUUCACAGCUAUCAGUAACUUCUUACACACAUCCUUAGUUCAAGGACAUUCACUUCCACCCUUUGUACUUAGAGCUGCUCUCUAUCUGUUGUCUGUGUGUCAAGAAAAGUGCAGCAGACUGGACUGGGUGUCAUUGAACUCCAUUUGUAAUCUCCUGGAUGGCAUAUCCAAUUUCUCCUCUGUAUAUAGUUGCCACCCUCUAGUGCUGAUGUUCUUUUUCCACUACCCAGAGUUGACAGAUAGAUUUGGUCACUUUGUCUUGAAGUGCUGGUUUGCUCAUGUUGAUAUCAGCUGUUUUGAGGAUGAAAAUCUGGUUCCUAAUCUGCAGAGUGACGCCAAUUGCAUGAUGACUAUUAUCCAAGGAAAUCCCAAUGUACUCCUUAUUCUGCUGGAUAUGGUCCACAUUGAAGAAAUGGAAUUGGCUUACAAAGCAUUGGUGACACUGAAAUUUUUCCUGAGGAGUAGUGGCAAUAUUGUUCUGACUUCUGACCUACUUCGACCGCUACUGUUGCAAAUAUUACAAAAGUUCACAAUAGAAAACAAUGCACAGCCUUCCAAAGGAAACAAGAAUCUAUCUUUAGUACUGGACCUUCUUUCAUUAAUACAGAUAAAGAUCGGACAUCUUGAGGAAAUGGGCAGUAUUGAUUUCAAACUUCUCUACCAUGUGAAUAACUUGGCAGGAAAAUGCAAAGCCUUGAGCACAGAACUCCUCCAACCUGCCUUAAACAUCUUUUACUGCAGUUUGAAACAGACCUCAGGCUACAACAGAAACAGAGGUUCACAGAACUAUCAGUUUGAAAUUGAACAAAGUCUUCCACUGCAUCAGCUUCAAAAAGGACAGCUUAACACUACAAGGAUGUAUUCUUCACUUUUUGAAGAUUGUCUUGAGAGACAAGUUUACAUCUCCACUUCUUACCAUUACCAACCCUAACACCAGGAAUCAUCCACUACAGGAUCAAGAUGCCUUGCUGUAUCCACUGUCGUAUAAACAGGGAGAUGACUUCCUUGUUUAUGCUGCCACUGGUUGUCUUGAAGCGAUGGUGGAAUACUUGCACAUUAAGGACCAAGUCACACGUAAUGUUAAACCCUCAAACUGAAUGCUGAAAAUGUAAAAUAAAAGCAGAAAGUAUUGUAAGUACACAUCAGGUGUGUAAACAUCCUAGAAAGUAGAUGGUUCGUACUUUCUGACAAAGGAUUUGCAUCUAAAUUAAUUGGCGUUUCCCUUUUGGAUGUUGACACACGCAGUGUGUAUUUCUAAGAUUUUCUGAA